AUGAAUGAGAGUAUUUCCUCUGGUACUGUGAUAUCUGAGAAAACAGCAGCCACAUCUGUGACUUCUGAAGAAGCACUUUCAAAAGAUCUUGAGUCUACGAUGCUUGAGGACUCGUUCAACGAGUUUCGAGCCAUCAAGCUUCUAAAAUUACUCAAUCCCUCGAACAAGCUUAAAUAUCAUGAACUUCUUGAGACCGACUUUCUUUCAGAGUUUCAGAAAACUGAUAGGUUUGCAGCUAAGUUCACUAUAAAGGUGAUUACAUGGAACUUGUGUCAAUGUUCACCUCCAAGAGAAUUUGGCACUAUGUUGAUGAUGAAGAGUGGCGGAAAUUUUGCGGAUUUGUACGUUCUAACCUUCCAGGAAACUGUCUCUUUGAAAUCGUUUAGUCAUAGUGGUACGGUGAUAGACCAAUGGUGUGAAGUAGCGCUGAUGAGUCUACCAAGCGGAUAUAAGAUUGUUCAUAAAUCUGGACUAUUAGGACUAACAACAGUUAUCGUCGCAUCGGGCUUACUGUCAGAUGAAAUUACCGACGUCAAUGUUGAUAAUGUUGGGUUAGGAUAUCUUAGUUGGUACAAUAAGGGAUGCAUAUCCGUAUGUUUCAAUGUUGGUAAGAUUGGCGAUGCCAAACUUUCUGGAUUACCUAUCCAGAUUUUGAAUAUGCAUUUAUCGCAUGGAGAAGAUGAAUCGAGCGUUUCUAACCGAAUGAAGAACCUUCAAAAGGUUGGAAAUACUUUUAGUCUCGUCAAUUCGUCUGCACACUUAACAACCGAUUCGGCGCACAGUUAUGUAGACAAUGUCGAGAGAGCUCUAGAUUUGAGUGACAUCGAACUCGAGAAAAUGGUUAAUGAAUUGGUCUCCUUCGGCAACCUCUCAGAGGCCCUGGUCACCGAUGGAAUAAUUAUUCUUUCUGGCGAUAUGAACUUUCGAAUCUCCGAUCUUGAUCGUGAGUCCAUUCUUCGGCACGCUAAAGCAGGUGAUUAUCAAGCACUAUGUGAUCAUGAAGAACUGUGUAAUCUCAUGCAGCAGAAACUGGUUUUAAAUGGCUUCAAGGAAGCACCAAUUCAUUUUUUACCUACAUUUAAAGUGAAAUGUUCGGGAGAGUACGAUAUUAAGCGAAGGCCUGCUUAUACAGACAGAGUUGUCUACUGUGGUCCGAAGGAUACAAUCAAACAGUUAACUUAUGGCAACUACUCCAUCGGUGGUUCCGAUCAUCUGCCUGUUUAUUCUGAGUUUUUGGUUGAUACGCUGUUUGUCCAUGCAUCUGCCUUGAAACUGCAUCGUGAUAAAUUCGAUGAAAUCUAUACUGAUGUGAUAAGCAAGAUGGAGCUUCUUGAGAUUGAACCUCAAAGGAUAUUGAACGAUUGUUGUGCAGGGCUUGAGGAGAUUGUCGAAAUAACCUUCCGAAAUCUUUGCGAUGAGACUUUGAAUUACAAAGUUGUGGAGCAAGAUAAGAGUUUUUUCAGACAAUCAGCAUUUCAAAUUGAUGACACUGAUUGCAGUAUCGAACCUAAAUCUGAGAAGAGGCUUCUCUUCAAAACCACCCCUAACAAAAUAUGCAAGAUAGUUGCCAAUUAUGAAGUCUCGCUCAGGGGAUUCGAUUUUUCAAAGAUUGUGUCUAUUGUACUGAACGUUGAGUCUAUUAUUGGUGUUGGAGUAAAUGAAUUGAAAAAUCAGCAGUUUGACAAUAUCAUGAAAUCAUUUAGCUUCAUUCUCCAUGCAAAACCAAACUUCAAACUGACCUCACAUUUAUUGGAUAUAGAAAGUUUAGACUCUUUGACUUCCAUGGAGCAGCAAGCGCUCAAGGAUAUCACAUUACGUACCGUUGAUUUCAGCAGUAUAGGAGAUCAAUGCUCACUUGUGCUUUUAGAUGUUCUCUAUAUGUGGAUGAAACUCGUCCCCGAUAUCAACAUUGGAACUGCCAGAGGUAAGGCAGUGUUUACCAGGUUGAUUGAUCUAAUUAAAUUCCUUGGAAUGGAUAACGUGGAGGCUUACAAAUAUUUUGGCUUUCUAUUUAACGACGAGAAUGAGAUCUUGGACUACUUAGAAUCGACUGUACAUUGA